AUGGCACAUCGCUUAUCUUUCCGAGCAAACGUAGCCGUUGCUUACAUUCACCGUCUCUGGCUUAGUAACUCCCAGCGAUCCUGGGAAGAGACAAAGAGUGUGAGCGAGAAAAUGAUUCGAACGAUUUUGCUGUUCCUCGUCCUCGUCUUCGGGACGCAAGUACGCUCGCAGGUAUUGCCGCCGGCGAGGCCCGAUGGUUUCGUUUACCGACCGGGUCAUCGUUCUGACCCGGAUGCUAUACUAAUCGAGGCGUUUUUUGACCCGGUAUGCCCGGACAGCAGAGACUCUUGGCCGAUACUGAAGCAAGCUCUUGAACACUAUGGAUCUCGCGUUGCCCUUACUCUUCACCUCCUUCCUUUACCGUACCAUGACAAUGCGUAUGCAGCUUCUCGGGCCUUGCACAUUGUGAAUACCUUACACUCAAAUGCUACUUUCAGAUUAUUGGAGGAGUUCUUUGAGCAUCAGGCAUUGUUCCACAACGCGCAAACACAACUACUGUCAAAACCUGAGAUUGUGGACAAAAUAGUCAAGCUUGGAACAGCCACGUUGGGAAACUCAUACCAACAUGUCCUCAAAUCGGGCUUCACCGACGCAAAAACGGAUCGUGCAACCAGGCUUUCCUUUAAGUAUAGCGCUUCAAGAGGGGUUUAUGGAACACCAACCUUCUACGUUAAUGGCUUUGUAUUAGCUGAUGCUGGUUCUCCCUUAGAUUCUGGAGGAUGGAGAAAAAUCAUUGAUCCCCUGGUUCAACCACACAAUGUAAGAGAUGCAAAAUAA